AUGUGCAGCAGUCUGUGUUACCCUCCACAGUUCUGUUACUUUACGCAUGGACAAAUCGUUAUUGACUGGGAUUUGUGGCAGGAGGACAACUGGACACACUCACUAGAAGGCAGACCCACUAACAGGCCUAAUGAUAGGAGACCUUAUUGUAACGCCGUGGUGCACGGUCCCGGCGGAGAGGAGCAGCAGGAGACGUGCCCGCGCAGCGCCCUGAUCGACCAAAGCCGGCGGCACCGGACGGCGUUCACGCGCGAGCAGUUGUCCCGCCUGGAGCACGAGUACGGCAAGGAGAGCUACGUCUCCAGACCCCGGAGGUGUGAACUGGCCACCGCGCUCAACUUACCAGAGACAACGAUAAAGGUGUGGUUCCAGAACAGGAGGAUGAAAGAUAAACGGCAGAGACACUCAUUGCCUUGGCCUCACCCACUAGUUGACCCACUGGGUGCACUCUUGAUGGGCCGUGCAUCUCCUUCUUCCACUUUGCCGUACCCAUUCAUUCCACCACACCUCCCCCAGCUCUCUCUCCACCAUUACUCUCCCCUGCCUCUCUCCUCACCAGAAUCCUCAACUCUCUAUCCCUACAGUUCAUCCAUUAGGCCCCUGGAUGCAUUCCACCUCUCCCAGUAUCGCAACAGGCCAGGGGGACUGGCCCCAACAACAGCAGCCCUCUACCCCUCCUCCAGAAUUGUGCACCAUCCAGCCUCAUGCCCCUGUCCUGUUUGCCUGCACUGGGGACCAGAACAACUCCUUAAAGCCAGAGGAGAGGCAGCAGGGCUGAGCCGGCCUCGAAGUCCCAAGGCAAACAUCCAGUCUGCUGGCCUGGAGCGGAGAGAAGAGACAGUCACCACCCGGGGUCCAUCUACUUACCGCCGUCCCCAGAAGAGGAAGCGGACCUCAGUGGCCCAUCCUUCCAAUCCAUUGCCAAUCCCUCCGUCUGCCAUCCCACCAGAGGACCUGCCAUUGGUCUCCACUGACCCCCCCCAGCCUUCCACUCCUCCGCUGCGACAGAACAGCCCUGUACAAGGACGGCAGGGCACGUCCAUACACUUUGGAGCUCGGGCCUCAGAUCAAGCAGAAGCUGUGGGAAUGACUGAAUUGUCCCCUGAUCAGAACAUCGACAAGUGA